AGCACCAGUUCUACCACAAAUGGGCCAUCCUGUCCGACCCUGAGGACCUCACGGCAGGCCUCAAGGGCUACCUCAAGUGUGACAUCGCCGUGGUAGGCAAAGGGGACAACAUCAAGACCCCGCACAAGGCCAAUGAGACGGAGGAGGAUGACAUCGAAGGGAACCUGCUGCUCCCUGAUGGGGUGCCCCCCGAGCGGCAGUGGGCUCGGUUCUACAUCAAGAUCUACCGCGCUGAGGGGCUGCCGCGCAUGAACACCAGCAUCAUGGCCAACGUCAAGAAGGCCCUCAUCGGCGAGAACAAGGACCUGGUGGACCCCUACGUGCAGGUGGCCUUCGCGGGGCAGAAGGGAAAGACAUCCAUACAGAAGAGCAGCUACGAGCCCCUCUGGAACGAGCAAAUCAUCUUCACAGAGAUGUUCCCCCCGCUGUGCAAGCGGAUCAAGAUCCAGAUCCGGGACUCGGACAAGGUCAAUGACGUGGCCAUCGGGACCCAUUUCAUCGACCUGAGGAAGAUCUCCAACGAAGGGGACAAAGGUUUCCUGCCCACCUUCGGCCCCGCCUGGGUGAACAUGUACGGCUCCACGCGGAAUUACACCCUCAUGGAUGAGCACCAGGAGCUCAACGA